AUGCGUAAAUUAACAAGUGCCAGCAAACGUUUUGCAAAUAAGAGAAAGGCAGCUGCUGAGACCUUGGACUCAGACGGGUGGUUGAAGACAGGUGAUCUUUGUUUCUUUGAUGAUGAGGGAUUCCUCUACAUUGUUGACCGGUUAAAGGAAUUGAUCAAGUACAAGGCCUAUCAAGUACCCCAAGCUGAGUUGGAACCUAUACUUGAAUCCCAUCCCGACAUUGCCGAUGCCGCUGUGAUUCCGUAUCCUGAUGAAGAAGCAGGGCAGAUUCCCAUGGCCUAUGUAGUUAGAAAGCCUGGAAGCAAUAUCAAUGAGGCUGCAGUUAUGGAUUUUGUUGCAAAACAAGCCAUCACAUUGAAGUUGGUUUCUUAUUGCAGGUUUGAUGCAGGAGCAUAG